AUGCAGAACGGCGUUUUUACGCGAGAAAACGCAGAUUUCCUUGUCAAGUCUGGCGCGGAUUCGCCUUCUUCACAGUCUCUGCUUCUCCGGACGUCUCCUUCACCUUUAUCUCUGCCCAGGCGUCGUUUCAUUUUCCUUAGAUCCGCAAGCGUCGAUCUCUCAGAACGUUCCUCCCUCGCCUGUCUCGCCCCGUUCUUCUGUCUCGCCUCCGGCGUUUGCCUUCGGAGCGCCUUCUCGCUUCCUUUCUUUGCGAGGCGGGGACGCCCGUGUCUGUUUUUCAUUUUCAUUUUUUUCUUUCGAGUCUCGUUUACAGCGAACUUCCGAGGGAAAAGAGUCAAAAUGGCGGCGUCGACCAUACCGAUUUCUCAGUGGCCUUCGCUCCUGUACGCGCCCCCAAGUUCUCCUGCAAAUCCUGCAGUCGAGGCUCUUCCGGAAAUGCAGUUCGACGAUCUUCACUAUCCAAGGCAAAUGCUUCUCUGCAGAGGUGCCGGGUACUCUCUGGAACAGUGCAAUCGCAUGGCACAGCCUGACGCCCGUGUGACUCCAGAGAACCCAGCAGAGAAGCUGCUGAAGGAAGAAGCGGUUGCAGCCAUUGCCUGUUUGUCUCAGAGAGAAGGGGGAAAAGAUGAACAAUGCAGGUACUACAUUGAACGCAUGUACAAGCUCGCGAACAAGGAGAAACAGCCGGAGCCAGGCACGCUCAGCAAGGCCUCUACGCUUGCAUGCAAGCUCCUCGGCAUUCACAGACCGGAGGCUUGAGAAGGAAAGUCAAACUGCCUCCGUCCUCAGAACCGCGCAUCUGGGCACCCCACAACUGCGUGGAUGUGUGUAUUGGUUUCGUUGCGUACGUAUAGGAGUACAUGUUUGUGCAUACUGUUGUCGGCUGCUUGCUUUCCUGGAGCUCAUGCUGCGUUUCGAGAGAGGAAGGGAAGGCGCUGCAGACGAGACAGAGACGCGAGGCCAUUCGGAGCUUCACAUGUAUGCUGGCGUAUACAAGAAUACGCAAAAGGAGACAAGCGCAUGCACAGCGCAGGUUUCUGUCAAAGAGGAGGAGGAGGUGUGCCUUGGGUGCGCUCUGGGGUAGAAAGACAUCGUUGAGGUGUACGUACACGCCGGUGAAGAGAGGCUCUAAAUGCACGCAUGCUGCUGUGUCCAACUUCCUGCUUAACUCGAGAGUCGACGGAAGAAUCGGAU